UUCUGUAUUGCAAGUUAAAUCGCCUGUAAUCUUGCAUUACGAAUUCUCAAGCGAUUGUACGAGAUGAAUCCGUCUUAUCCUAUGUCGGAAGUCGGAAAGCCAAAUGCGGUGGAUAAGUCUCUUUAUAGCAUGCUGCUCGCCCCGUUCCAGCCUGCGACAAGAAUCGAACUGGAGACCAAAAUAGACACCACUAUAGAGUGCUGUUUAAACGUGAGAAAUGUCAGCGACAAGGCGUUAAACAUAACUGUAACAAAGUUACCAUCUGUGGAACGUCGGAUUAUUCUGAACUUGACUGAACUAGAGAUCCAAGGGAACAGCAAUGGCACAAUAUGCAUCAAAUGGUCACCCAGAGAGGCAGGAUCUUGGCGAGACGUGCUGCAGUUCACUGAUAGUAGACGAAUUAAAUAUGAUGUUAUCAUAGCGACAACUGCCAAAGAUGAUAAGAAGAGUAAUAAGAUGAAAAGAAGACCAAAACCAGUUCUGCCAUUAACAAAUUCGGUGAAUAUUUCCACAACAGUUGUAAACAAGCAGUUUCAUCAGGGUAAUAUGAAAAUUCCAACUGCUAAUCGGUUGUUAGUCAAUAAUUUCGAUACACAGGUAAAACAAUCUAGCAGAUCCAAAUAUGAGAAUGAGCUGAAUAAAGAAAAUAUCUCGAAUAAAAAUAAUGAUACAACUUAUGCGAAAGACAAGAGAAUUAACGAGCAUGAUAAAUUGGAAAAUAUCUUGUGCGAGCAAGGUAUGAAUGUGUGGAACGAUGGCAGCGUUCUGCCACUUCUAUGUCCUUCGAGCGGGCCACAGGAUAUACGAAGGGCCACAUACAUUAAAGAGAGAAGACCUUGCAAUAGCAUACUUUACGAUCACAAUGAAGACAUUGAUGAGAAUGCAAAAUGUGACAAAGACAAGGCACAAUCCGACUUCUCCAUACUUCUGAAUAAAUUUACAUUCACGUCUACGGAUGUAACUGCGAGUUCUCCAGAGCCAACUAGAAGGGAGUCAAUAGAGACUAUUUCACAAGUUGCAGACAAGCAUACAACGUUCAAUAUCAGUAGUGGUCUAUUUCUCGAGACGUCCGUAAUUCAUGACACAAAAGCUCUCGUCAAUGCAACACCUGCAUUACAAUCUGCAAGCUUGCAUAACUUGUCACCAAUCAAGUCUGAUGGAUGCUCCCUCAUAACUGAUAUCAAAGAUUUGAUUUCGUCAUCACCUAUUCAAUUUCAACAUGUUAUAACAAAAGAGCCUAAGCAGGAUUUGUUACUAUCGAAUCCUGAGCCUAAGGAGUACGCGAGAUCUUUUACGGUGGAUAUAAAUCCAAAUAUUCAAACAACCAAUUGUGAAUACUUCAGUUUCGAGAUCAUUUCUAGUGGUUCCGAAGCAGUUAAAAACACUGGAGAUAUGUAUAUUGAAAUUUCUCCGCCAAGGCAUUUCCACCCCAUGCUAUCUAUGUCGGUGUCGAGAUUGAACGGCACAAAAACUGGCAGAGUCAUAAAGACUAAUACUUUACGUGACGGAGGAAAGAAGUUACAACUGAACGUAUCUACUACAAAAAAGAACACAAGGAAUGUACCAGCAAUCAAAAUAAACAAAUUAUCCCUUAAUACCUUGCGUAAUACAAAGUGGCAUUCUUCAUCCACUAGAGAUUCGAGUUGCAGAAUACAAAAUGAAGAAGAAUAUUUUAUCUAUGAUACAUAUGGACUGGACCCCUUUGCACCAUCCACAACAAAGGAUCCAUUUCUUAAAAAUACAAUGAAUUUUGAUGAACUGUGGCUACUGCAACAAGAAUUGGCGUUUACAAAGUGGUUGAACGCUUUGCUGUCUUCGCCGGAAGAUUUGUCUGUCGACAUUGAAACAGCCGUAACGGACGUCGGCAAAGUGUGGCAAACAUGCAAAGCACAAAAGAAUACUGUGUUGGCUGAAACUAAAGAGGCUGUAUCCGCUAGAUAUCAUACCAGCACAAGGCUAAACACAUUACGAAAAGCUGCAAACGCCAUGUUUAAACGUGAUGAAGUCACGCAAGUUCUCUCACGUACCAACAUGUGCAUUUCCAAAGGAACUUUGUGCAUUAGAUCGGAUCGUAAUCUUCACCGUGACAUUGGUCUGCAGAAGCUCAUACUGAGCUUAUUCCUGAGUUAUAAUCCUUUGUGGCUACGUAUCGGCUUAGAAACCGUAUAUAGCGAGAGCAUUUCGUUGCGCUCAAACAAUGAUAUCGUCGGUCUGACUCGCUUUUUAUUGACGAGAUUCUUCUCGGAUCCACGACUGACGAAGAUGCCCAGUUACCACAAGACUGAUCCGAGCCAAAAGUUCGUCACGCAGCUUAAUCAGUUAAUUCUGAGAAAGUUCUUGUUUCUGAUAUAUUUUUUGGACUAUGCCAAGCAGCAUAAGCUAAUCGGCCAUGAUCCGUGCCUAUUCCACAAACGCGCUCAAUACAAGGAAAGUCGCGCGAUCCUACUGAGCUUCUCGCGCGAGCUCUUGAGCGGUAUCGGCGACGUGACCAGGCUAUUGCGUGGUCACAACUACGUGCUCACUCAUCGGCAGACUUAUAUCGAGGAAUACGAUUACGCGGUGGUGAACAUACGAUGCGAUUUACGCGACGGCGUACGACUGUGUCGCGCGAUGGAGCUCAUCACUGGCGCUCGAGGAUUGACCCAAUGUUGCCGGUUGCCGGCGAUAUCGCGUUUGCAAAAGGUGCAUAACGUGGACGUGGCAUUGAGCGCCCUAUGCCAAGCGGGCUACGUCCUCGAGGGUAACAUAGACGCGAAAAGCAUCGCCGACGGUCACUGCGAGAAGACCUUGUCGCUCCUCUGGCAGAUUAUCCACAAAUACCAGGCGCCGCGGUUUGAUCGGGCGGCUCGCGUGAUCCAAAAAUGGUGGCGAGCGCAACUCUGGUAUAUCCGCGUGAGGAAUUACUUACGCGCGCGUAAAAUUCUAGCUGCGACAAUAAUCCAACGCGCGUGGAGGCGCAAGAUAACACAGUACAAAUCCUCGCAAAUCGAAAUUGACUGUAAUCUUGACGAACGCAAGAGAUAUUUGCGCAUCAGAACAGCCGCGAUAAAACUUCAGAGAUGGUGGAGGCAGAUGCGAGGAAACGUAAGGCAAUUGCGAGAGCUGAGAAAAAAACACCAAGCGGCAAUCACGGUGCAAAGGAGAUGGAGAGCUGUGUUGCUAAUGCGGCAGCAACGAAAUCGGUAUCGCGAUUUGAAGAAUGCUGCGUUGACGAUUCAAACCCGUUGGAGAGCGACGCGGGCGAUGAGAUUGCAACGUUCGCAAUAUCUCGCGCUUAGAGAUGCCACCGUACAAGUGCAAAUCUGGUGGAGAUCUAUGAGAGCCAUGCGAGACCAGCACGAAUGGUUUCUUCGCAGCAAAGAGAGCGCUCGUAUCAUUCAAGUUUGGUGGAAGCGACAUUUGUUAAUGCGAAAAACGCGCAAUGACUUUCUGCUGAUGAGAGUCGCUGUGCAUAGCAUCGAAAGCUGGUGGAUAAGCGUGAUAGAUAGGAAGAAGUUUCUCUUGUACCGAGAGUGUACUAUUCGCAUUCAGAAAAUGUGGAGGAAGUACCGAGCGCGCAAGCGAGAAGGCGCCUGUCUAAAGAUACAGGCGUGGUGGCGAGCCGCAAUCUGCUCACGUAAAUACAAACUUCAAAAGUCCUGCUGCGUGAAGUUGCAACGUUGGUGGCGCGAAAUCGUGCUUACGAGACGUCAGCGUACGGAAUUUCUGCAGUUGCGGCAAGCGACAUGUGUUAUACAGAAGAACUGGCGGGCGAGAAUGGUCAGAAGAAACUACUUGAAGCAACGGCGAGCGACUUUACUGAUACAAUCGUGGUACCGUCGUACCAAUUCGGCGAGAAUCAUUCGACAACGUUACUUGGAGAUGAGAGGUGCUGCAAUUCAAAUACAGAAAUGGUGGCGCAACGUCACGAUAGCCCGUCAAGAACGGAGGAGAUACCUGCAACUUCGUAAGAGCGCCGUCCACCUGCAGACUUAUUGGCGUCAACGCGUUUUGGCUCGUGCGGAUCGUCAGCGAUAUUUGACUCAGAGGAAAGCGUGUGUCACUCUGCAAUCUUGGUGGCGAAUGGUCAGAACGAAGAGCGAGUACAAAUCGUACAAGAUUUGCGUGCUGAAGAUACAAAGGAGGUGGCGUGCGAAGAAAGUCGCUCUGUCUACAAGAAAACAAUUUGUCGCUUCGCAGCAGGCUGCGAUAGUCAUUCAGUCGUAUUACAGAAUGAAAGUUACAAAGCGAAGAUACGAGAUCGUCAAGUACGCCGCGUUGGUCAUUCAAACAUAUUGGCGAGCCUACAUAACUGGUAGACGAGAGAGAUUGCGUUACUUGUCACAGCGCCAGGCAGCGAUCACGUUUCAACGUCAUUACAGGCGGAAAAGAAUGAAACGUGAAGAGCAAUGCAGAAAUGAGAUCGCUUUGAUCGUUACAAAGAUUCGAGAUGAAUGUGGAGAAGAUAUUCAGAAGAUGGACGUUAUCACGAAGCUUGCGCUUCCAGGCAGUAAUUACUGGCAAGGAAUAAUCAAUACGCUACGCAACUGCAACAGCGUCGGAGCGCUGCUUAUUUGCUUGAAUAGUUUAGAUACCAUAAUGAAAUUGUCACCGACCAGGCGUGUCAUCCUCUGCGAGCUGAACCUGGUCAAUAACAUUUAUAAUACGAUAGCGCAGAACAACAGAUCGUUACCAUGGAUGAAGGUCUGUCAGCAAGCAUGCAACAUUCUGAUCACCUUGUCGAAGCAUCUUCACACGAGAAAAUAUGUCCUCAAGAAAGAGUAUGCAUUGACAUUAGUGCAACUUUUGAGCGGAUCAUUGAAAUACAAGGAAGUAUUUCUGCAUUGCGCCACUUUGAUAUGGCUGCUUAUCCAGGACGAAGAUUAUUCAAAGGCUAUAGCAAUGUGUCCACAAAUAAAUUGGCUGAUGAAAAAUAUUCAACAAAAAGUCUUGAAAAACGGCGAAAUAGUAAAAUUCCAAAAAUGUAAGGAUUUAGAGCAAUUAUAUCCCAAUUGUGAACCUGACCGAUACAACGCGCAGGGAUCUCACCUGUUCAGUGACAUGAGUUUUGCCAUUGCAGCUAUCAUUGAGAGAACUUUUACAUGAUAUUAAGGUAAAUUUUUUGGGUGGGUGAUAUGUGUACGAGCGCGCGUGCGCGUAUAUUAAAUUUAAAAUUUUUUUAAUGUUGACCGAGCCUUAGAUUUAAAUAGUAAAAAAAUGUUAAGACAAACUUAAAUUUUAGAAGAAAUAAUUUAAAAAUACGAGGAAAAGUGUGUACAUACAUAUUUGUAACAGUUUUUAAAUAUAAGAUUCUAAAUAUAAAGAGCUUAACAAUCUCGCGACUAAAGCCGCAAAAAUCAAGACAAUCAAGUUUUCAUUCUGCUUUAAUAACCGACUCAUUCCUAAAAACGUGGCAGAACGCUGGCAACGAUGACAACUCGAUCUGCGUAUAGUACAAUAAGAUAUAAAUGUAAUUUUUAUUUACAGUGAAUUUACUCACAAAUAAAAUUAAUAAUAAUAAUCAUAAUAAUAA